UCUACACAGAGAGGUGGAGAUUAGUUAAGCUGCAAUGGCGGGUUCCAGUGAGAAAGAAGCCUUGGUCGGUAACAAGCGGGUAAUAUUCAAGGAUUUCGUCUCCGGUUUUCCGAAAGAAUCAGAUAUGCAAGUCACUACCGGCACCGUAAAACUGAAACUGCAAGAAGGUUCAAGAGCAGUUCUUGUGAAGAACCUUUACUUAUCAUGCGACCCUUAUAUGCGAAACUUGAUGAAACCCCAAGACGAAAGUUCUGGUUUUGUCAUCACUUCCUACACGACUUCCUACACUCCUGGCUCUCCAGUUUCUGGAAUUGGAGUGGCUAAAGUUUUGGAAUCAGGCCACCGGGACUUCAAGGAAGGGGACUUGGUUUGGGGAGUAACCACAUGGGAGGAAUACUCUGUUAUUAAAGCACCCGAAACACUCAUCAAAAUUCAGCAUACUGAUGUACCUUUUUCAUAUUAUACAGGAAUUCUUGGUAUGCCUGGUCUGACUGCUUAUGUGGGGUUCUAUAAGGUCUGCUCUCCUAAGAAAGGAGAAUAUGUCUACGUGUCCUCUGCAGCGGGUGCUGUUGGUCAGCUUGUUGGGCAAUUCGCAAAGUUGACAGGCUGCUAUGUUGUUGGAAGUGCUGGAAGUAAAGAAAA